GGGGGUGGGGGGUAGGGCUCACAUGUGGCCACCAAUGGGCCGUUGACCAGUGGCCUCUCGGGGAAGGCCCCUCGAGGCGCCCCUCCGCGGGACCUUCCCGGGGGCUCCUGGGCCAGGGGCUCCGCGGGACCCGCGGGCGUCGCACUCCGUGCCCACGGCACGGUGGCGGGCUGCAUUCCGCUGGGCUUGAAGGACGGGCCGGGCCUGGACACGGUCCGGGAGGUGAGGGCCGAGAUGCAGCGGCGGAUAUCCACGGGCCUCGCCUCCUUCGGCACGCUCGGGGCCUUCAGGACCGCGAUCCUCCAGAACCGGUUCGGCGAUGCCGAGGACCUGCUGGAGACGACGGAGCCCCUGACUCCCGACGACGGCACGACGCCCUCGGCCUUCAAGUCUCAGUUCCACCGCUGGUGGCGGGCGGUGCGCAGCCCCUCGCUGAGCGCUCUGAUCGUGGUCUCCCUGCCCGAGGCGAGCCUGGAGGCCGAGGGCGAGUCCAUGCAGAGCGUGAUCCGGAGCUUCCAGCUGGAGUCCGCAGCCUGAUGGUCGGGCGUUGCGUACUUGCUGGGGGGGGCGAUGCAGAAGGCGUUCGAGAAAGGGCCUCGCCUCCGA